AUGAGCACUACGAGCAUGGAUAUUAAUACCGACAAGGUUUUUGUUCAAGCUGUUGCUACCAUCAAGUCGUUGACCGACCUAUCAAAAACAACAGGAUUACCUCGUCCGACGAUCACUGAUAGGUUGAACCUUUAUGGACUAUACAACCAAGCCACCCGAGGGGACGUCUCCUCUGUUGGAAACGUUUAUGCAGACCCGAAUGCUUUGAACAAUCCUACAGAACUGAAGAAGCACAAUGCAUGGCUUAAGUUCAAAGGGCUUUCCAAAUCUCAAGCCCGUGAAAAGUAUAUUAAAUACUUGUUGAGUAUACUAGAAAAUGGCUACUCUAUAACAACAUAUCCUGAAAUCGGUAUCUUGAAGACCAAUCUUCAAGAUUCCUGGAACCGAUUAGAGAAUUUGAACUUGAGCAUAACUUUGAACCAAAAUAUCAACAAGGAGUAUAAUCCUCCGUCCAUUCAACCGCCUACUUCGUCGUCCGUUCCUACUCGUUUGACACAAGCGCCAAUCAACACUCCACGAUCACGUUCUCCUGCUGCUUCUUUGUACAGGAUUGCAUCAUCAGGCAUCAACUCCAAUAUGAUUAGGCCACCUUCCAGAAAUCAAUCGUUUAGUAAAUCCCGACAGAAUAGUUUUAGUGGCCCCUCUAAUCCAAUGACGAGUCCUCCAUUGAAUGUGGCCUCCCCUUUUGUACCCGGAUAUACUGUGAGUGGACCCAGCGGUAACACCGUCGCAAAUGGCGGCAACAGUCUCAGCAAUGUCAACAAUGUCAACAAUGUCAACACGAACGUCAACAAGAGUGUUGGCAAAAAUGAAAACAAUGGUGAUCAUCGUAUUGGUGGAACUAUUAAUACACUAGAUUUCAUCAGAUGGCAAGGUGAAAUUAAUAAUACGCUAUUGAAGAUCUCGACUGAGCUGUCUAACUUAAAGCACAACACAACUCCUUCUAUUCACGAUGCGGGCCAUCGAUCAAUAUCCGGUUCCACUACGGUUUCAGUUCAGUCUGAGCUGCAGAACUACAAAUUAAGAUCCUACGAUUUGACAAAUAGAAGUAUCCUCGUCGAUGGGUACACGCUUGCAGAACUCAGCAGAACUCCAGAGAGCCGACACAGUGGGAAUUCGAAGGACACAGAUGACAUAUUGAGAUGGGUUUAUUGGAAGAUGGUGGCAUUAGUGAAGUACCUAAGAGAUAAGAUGCAUAUGAGCAUAUCUAUCGACUCGCUAGCGCCCAAAUUCGUUGUGUCCGUUAUUGCUGUGCUCUUCUUCAGCCUAUUCAAGAAAGUGGUGGAGAUCUAUCUGCAAAGGCAGUUUGGAAUGAAUCUGGCAAGAUCCUCGAGCAGUGGCGGCAAAACUUUCAUUCAACAGUGGAAACAAUGGCUGUUUGGUAUGGUGGCAAGAAGAGGAGACAGCAGUUUUCUGACUAGAUGA